CUCCUGUGUGCACAACACCAGCUGGUCUUGGUGUUCAUCCUGCUUUCUCUUCCCUGGAAAACCUCCCACGUACCAUCAUGUCUGACACAGAGGACAUUGUGGAGGACUAUGAGCAAGAGGAGGAAGAGGAGGAGGAGGUGAAUGAAGACGAGAUGAAUGAAGAGGAAGAAGCAGAGAAGGAAGAGAAGCCUGCAGAGGAAAAUGAGCAAGAGGACGACUCCAAAUGGCGUCCUAAAACUACUUAUGUUCCAAAUAUCGCUCCUCCAAAACUCCCUGACGGUGAGAAGGUGGAUUUUGACGACCUUCAUCGCAAGAGAUUAGAAAAAGACUUCAAUGACCUCCAGACCCUCAUCGAGUCCCAUUUCUCCGGCCGCCAGAAGGAGGAGGAAGACCUCAUCCAUCUUCGUACCCGCAUCGAGCGUCGCCGUUCAGACAGAGCGGAGCAACAACGCGUGCGCACCGAGCAGGACCGCGAGCGGCAAGCACGCCUGGCCGAGGAGAAGGCGAGGCGCGAGGAGGAGGCGGCCAAACUGCGCGCCGACGAGGAAGCCAAGAAGAAGAUGAUCUUCACCAACAAGUCCUUCGGCGGCUACCUGCAGAAGGUGGAACAGAAGAAGGGCAAGAAGCUGACGGCGCGGGAGGAGAAGAAGAAGGCCCUGAUGGAGCGCAGGAAGCCGUUCAACAUCGACCACCUGAACCAGGAGAAGCUGGCGGAGAAGGCCCAGGACCUGUGGCAGUGGCUCCACCAGCUCCACGCAGAGAAGUUCGAGCUGGCCGAGAAGCUGAAGAAGCAGAAAUACGACAUCGCGGUGCUGAGGAACCGAGUGAGCGAUCACCAGAGGGGCUCCAAAGUAGCCAAGACCUCCCGCAGUGCCAAAGGCAAGUCUGGCUCCUGGAAGUAGGCUACAACUGGACUGUCUCUGGACUAUUUGUCUCCUAUUUCCAUCCUGUAUCAUAGAUCUCUCUGAGGGGUUGUGUGUGGAUUUGAAGGGGGAAUCUCAGACUGAAGUACAACAAGUUAACCAAGCCUAGAAUGAUGUACAAAUAUCUGAUUGUUCUAACGUUAUGAUGCCUCAUUAAAUCUGAUUGAAUGUGGUGGUGUUGAUUUCACUACUCGGAGUAUGCAGUGGUUUUGUCCUCAAAAGUUUCCUAUUUGGACCUGUGCUGUUAAAGAUUUGUUUUGUAUUUGACAAAGCACAUGUAAAUAUCUUUAUGUCAAAGGCCAUUAUUUCAGUAUUGUUAAA